GGAGGGCAGAUCCUCGUCACGUGGUACCCUGGCCGCAAACAGAGGAAACGAAAACAGUGCAGUCCGUCCGUCCGUCCGUCUCGCCGCGUUUGAGCAGCACCAGCGAGCGCAGAUCUCUUUCGGAGGCCAGAGAUGUGUGAUGAAAGUCAGUCAUAAAAGCGGGGAAACCCAGCCAAGUGCCAUGAGCAGCGACUUGAACGUACCCAUGGGUUCGUCGGCGGGCGGUGUGUCCGACAGACUGCAGGACGGCGGUGGGAUGGACUACAGGGACUGGGUGCGCCGCAGCUACUUGGAGCUGGUCACCUCCAACCACCACUCGGUGCAGGCGCUGUCCUGGAGAAAGCUCUACUUGAGCAGGGCCAAACUCAAAGCGUCCAGCCGCACUUCGGCCCUGCUGUCUGGUUUCGCAAUGGUGGCCAUGGUGGAGGUGCAGCUGGAGAUGCAGUACAGCUACCCACGUGUGCUCCUCAUCGCCUUCAGCGUGUGCACGACCGUGCUGGUGGCUGUGCACCUGUUCGCGCUGCUCAUCAGCACGUGUAUCCUGCCCAACGUGGAGGCCGUCAGCAACAUCCACAACCUCAACUCGGUUUCGGAGUCGCCACACGAGCGUAUGCACCACUACAUUGAGCUGGCGUGGGGCUUCUCCACUGCCCUGGGCAUCCUGCUCUUCCUGGCCGAGGUGGUGCUCCUCUGCUGGAUCAAGUUCCUGCCUGUGGACUCUGGGACCGUCCCCAGAGCUCCGAACUGUACGGGCCCCCAUCCCCAGUGCCCCCAGACGGUGGGCCACAGCGGCUGGCAGGCAGCCCUGGCCUCCACCAUAAUCAUGGUGCCCGUGGGGCUCAUCUUCGUGGUGUUCACCAUCCACUUCUACCGCUCGCUGGUGCGCCACAAGACGGAGCGCCACCACCAGGAGAUCGAAGAACUGCACAAGAUCAAGGUGCAGUUGGAUGGCCAGGAGAGGGGGCUGCAGGCGGUGUGAAGUCCUGCAGUUUCAGGAUGGCUCGUUUACUUUUUUUUUUUUUUUUUGUGGCACCGUUUUUCAUGCCUUCAAGCGCCUUGGUUCACAGUCUUUAAUGUCUCCUCUUGGAAGUUGAUGCCCAUGUGUGCAUUUUAUAUGCAGAAUAUGCGUAACGUUUGACAUCUUUAUAAGAAAGCAGAACAAAUGCUGAGGUCUCCAUGUUGAGGUUAAAUGCGCAUUACAAGGAAAAAAUGGCAUGUUUACAGAAUUUCAUAUGAAGGGCUAUUUUAUUCCCCUUUUGUUUGUUUAAGGAGUCUCUUUUUCCUCCCAAUACUUUCUCAAUCUUCUUUUUUUCUCACUCUGGAGUUGAAGGGUGGUUGGGUGAUGGAUAUUAGUGUGCCAACAUUUCAUGCCAGAAUCAACAGAAGUAACAGCAAGAAUGCAGGAGUCUUGGCUACUUUGGCAGCGAGCCUAAAUAACUUCAGUUAUUAACGCAACUGAGUCAGAUAUGCAAUGGUCCUAAAUCACAGGUGUGCAUCAUCUGAGCUUCCCUUUGAUAGUGAAAAGUACGCUGUUAAUUACUUCUUAAACGUUUUGGUGUUUUUUCUACUGAGGAGUCAAGAUGCAUCUGACAAAUAGAUUGUAUACCACCUUGGAAAUGAUGUUAGUCAGUGUUUAUUCUUUGUAUAACCUUUUAAAGCACCAUUUAAUAUGAGGGCAGGAAUGGUCUUAAUGAUUCUUUAUUAAAUGGCCAACUACAGAUUCAGUUGUACAGAAGUGCGCUCCGUUAUUUAUAGGUCAUGUUGAGUCUUAGGUAGCCAGAGUUAACGUACUAAUUUUGUUGAUGAGCACAAAGCAGAAUCAUAGACAAGUGGGGAUUUCAUCCCAUUAUGUUUCCAGAGGUUUACAGUGCGAUUACUAGGGUGGAGCAUGUGUUCAGAAUCAUCUGGGCCAAACAUUACUCAGUCCAUCAGUGUAGGGAGAGCAUGUACUUUAAAUUGGCAGGAUUACAAAUUCGCCCACUUCAGAGGUACAAGUGAAAAUUGCAUGUUGAUUUAAACUGAACCUAAUCGAUCUGCUUUGUGAACCAUGGAGCAGAGUGAUUUGAGUAAGCAGAGUUCUCAAUAACUCCUGAUGGUUCCUCUGAAUGUUUAAACAAACACCAUGUAAAAGGAAGAUGAGGAUGCCUCCCCCCCACCCAAAAAAUUAGCGUUAGACCAGUAACUGUGCCUGCCUAAUUGUAAAGACACACAUAAAAGCGCACUUGUAGUAUAGUUAAAGGAAAUGAGUUGAACUCGUUUCCUUUAUAGUGGUUUGUUGGCUUUGUGUGGUAUUUCAUGAAGCAUGAUAUCUCACAUUGUGACUCGUUAUUGCCAAAUAUCCAACCGUUAGUUGUAUUAGAAAUGGAGAGUUGGACAAUGGUAGCCAAUGAUAUCAUGCUUUGUGAAAUACAUCUUUAGAUUUACAUUUAUUAAACUUAAUCAGGUGCUGAUCUGGGGUACAUUUUAGCACUUGGUGCAUUUGCAUCCACACUGUGCCAACAGCCCAAGAGGAAACUGACCAAAAAGGGAAAAAAAUAGCAUAUUAAAGUCUUGUAGGCACUCUUUGUCUGAAUAUAAAUGCCUUUGAAACUGCAUUUUCUUUCAAUGUGCCAGAUUACAUUGUGACAACACAAGAAACAAGGGGUGUCUUGUGAAAGCUGCCAUAUUUGUAUUCGACACAAUAUGUAACCAACUAUUAUCAGAACGUUUUGUGGGGUGGCAUGUCCUUUUCAUAUACCGUAUAACGUCUGUGUACCUGUAUGUUAAUUUAUGUCAAAUAAACACCAUAUUUUGUUUUUCAA